AUGAUCUCCGCCAUUAUUUUUGCCAUACUUUCCACAACCUUUGCUCGACCUCCGCUUGAAAACUUUCAUUACGAUCACAACGUUACUCUCAUCUUGGAUGGAGAGAAGCUGAUAAAUUUGGACAGCUUUGAUCACAUGGAAGGGAUCAAUCCAAAUAUGGCUAAUCAGCUCAAAAAAGCUAUCGCCGACGCAUUGCCAUCGUACCUAGCCGAAAUGCACGGUCACGAUCACAAUACUGCUGCUGAUAACAUUCACCAUGAGGAAAGCACUCAUUCUCCCGCAGAUGAUCACCCUCCAGCAGCAGGCGAAAUCGGUCCAACAUCGGCUAACCAAGCCGAUGAUGCGUUUUGGAUUAGAACUGAUCUCGAAAAUUUCUUCGUGAAAAUUGUCACCGCCUCGACAACAUCAACACCUGCUCAAAGUAACAACGGUAGCUCAAGCGCGGAAGAUUCUAGAAAAAUAAAGAAUAAAGCUUUAAUUGAACUCUCAUUCAGUCUACUAAGAAAAGCACGGCAUCAAAUGCCGUCUGUCACUAUAGGAAUCACGUUAUUAACACUGCUAACCUCUACGGCUGCCCUUAAUGUUUUGAUAUGGAGUAGCACAAUGGGUCAAAGUCAUAUAAACUUCAUUGGCAACAUCGCUGAUACUUUACAGAAAGAUGGCCACAAUGUGACGCUACUAUUCGUCGAGCUUGAUCCUGAUUAUACAAUAGAUACCGGUACAAAGUUCGUCAGACAUAUAAUAAGGUAUAGCUCACCGUAUUACAACUCGGCCGACUGGCGUUCAUUAACAUUUAAACGAUCUGUCGUAUUUAAUUCAAUACUUGGCCUGAAUUUUAUCGAUUUAAUCAAAAUACAAAUGUACACUUACAGGAUUUGCAAAGGUAUGUUGGAGGAUCCAAGACUAAUCCAGCUAUUGCGUGAUUCAAACUUCGACCUGGGAGUCUUUGAGAUGUUUCACAGCUGUCCAGCUGGGAUAAUGGAGCUGGCAGGAAUACCCAAGACCAUGUUAGUGUCAGCAAUAGGCAUCGGUUACCAACACUAUCGUCUUCUGGGCAUGGAAAGACAGUCCAGUUUUGUUCCAGAUAAUCUAAUUGCUUGUGGUGCACGGAUGUCAUUUUUAGAACGAUUAUACAACGUCUUUAUUAAUGGAUGCGCUUACAUACUUGCGAACAUUUUCGAGUACUGUGAGCAGUCUCUUUUCGAGGAAAAAUUUCCAGGAUUUAAGCGCCUACAUGAUCUGAUCAGGGACAAAACCGAUUACAUGCUCAUAAAUACCAAUGAGUUUACGGAGUCAACCCGACCUACUCUACGCUCCAUACAAUAUAUAGGAGGAUCAGCAAUACGUGAUCCGCAGCCAUUGGACGAGGAUUUCGAUUGGAUUCUCUCUCGUGGAGCCAAAGGUGCCAUAUUGUUUUCUCUUGGUUCAUUAGUGAAGCCAAGCGACGUGCCCCAACCGUUUCGUAGGGUGUUUCUGGAGGCUUUCCGUGAAUUCCCCGACUAUACGAUUCUUUGGAAAAAUGAUGAGACCGAAAAUUCUUCGUACCCAAACAUUUAUUAUCGCAGUUGGGUGCCUCAGGUAGACCUACUAGCCGAUGGACGCGUGAAACUCUUCAUAACCCAUUGUGGAAUGAACUCGAUGCAAGAAUCAUUGCUUUUUGGAGUUCCAAUGGUUACUGUGCCCUUAUUUGCUGAUCAGGAUUCCAAUGGCGCAGUUGCAGCUGAGCGAGGCUAUGCUAUCAAUCUCAAUAAACUGACGAUAACGAAAGAAAAACUUGUAAAUGCGAUGAGGGCAGUACUCGGCGAGGAUGGAAUGGAAAGUACCUACACCCAGAAAGCUCGUCAAGCUGCCAGACUUCUCAAAGGGAGUCCAAAAGAAAUGCGACAGUUGGUCAAAAGGGUGGCUCGAAUAUCUGGCACUGAGCCACCACUGAAUCACCUCAAACUCGACCUAGAUCAUCUAAAUGGCCUACAGUACUACAAUCUCGAUCCACGAAAGGCUAAUCACGGUCGCCUUUCGGCUCGCCGUAUCGCAUCUCGUAGUGCUAAUUCUUAG